GGAUGGGUGACGUGAUUUCACAAUAGGGUUUGCGAACCACUCGGUCCGGUUGAUCAUCCGACGACGACGACUAGUGCCUAUCGUCUCUGCCGUCGAUCGCCACUAACCAGAUUCCGCGGUUGCACUUUUUCCGAGUUCGUAGGGAGCCUGCUCAAGGGAUGGUACACUCAUCUAUUAACAUCUGUGAGCCUUUAUUGGAGGAUUCAGACAUUCAUCUUCAUGAAAGCGAUCGAACCUUCUCUAGGAAGAGGCUGAAGGUCUCGGAUUCUAUGUUCUGUGAUUCCAUUUUGCAAAGCUGCUUCAGGAGUAAUGACGAGGCUGUUUGUUUGGUGCAAAGAAGACAUGGGGAUCGACAUUCAUCUUCAUCUUGCUGUGAUUAUAAUGAAGAAAUUGGUUCGUAUUCUGCCAUGGAAAUAAGCUGUCUGAAGAAUGGGAAUGAGGGGAAUAUCCCGCAGGAGUGUGAUAAUGGAGGAUCUUCAAAUCAAAGCAAGAAUUAUGGCGGUUAUGAGUUACCUUCUUUUGUGUCUAAAUGGAUGUAUGUUAAUCAAAAUGGGCAGAUGUGUGGCCCUUACAUCAAGGAGCAAUUGUACGAAGGUUUAACUACUGGUUUCUUACCAGAAGAGCUUAAUGUGUAUCCUAUCAUUAAUGAAAGUAUAAGCAACCCCGUGCCUUUAAGUUACUUCAAUGAGUACCCUGAUCAUGUGGCAACAGGAUUUGCAUACUUAGUUGCAAAUACAUCUGGGGUAACUGAUCCGAAAAAUCUAAAUGGUGCUUUCAUUGAAGAGAAUGGUACGAAUAAGCCGCAUACUGCUGCUCCAAUCAAUGUUCACCCACAGUCUGCUGCUGAACCAUGUUCCAGCCACAUUGCUAAUACCUCCAGUAUACAAAUGCCAACCUCUGAAGCGUCUGAUUUGACUACAUUGUAUCCUUGGCUGUCUGGUGAAGGAUCAUACUGGUUAUUUGGCGAUGAAGCUGGCAAUAGACAUGGACCACAUACUCUUACAGAGCUUUAUUCAUGGCAUCAAUAUGGAUAUCUUCAAGAUUCAUCUAUGAUAUAUCAUGCUGACAAUGCAUGCGGACCUUUCUCUUUGCAAUCAAUGAUAAAUUCCUGGAGAAUAGCUAGUGAGAGUAAAAUCGUCUCCAGCUCAUCAUCCCUUGUAUCUGAGGUUUCUGAGGAAUUGUGCUCCCAGUUGCAUUCUGGAAUUAUGAAAACUGCUCGUAAAGUUUUGUUAGAUGAGAUCAUUGCUCAAAUAAUUAAGGAAUCAAUCGCUCUGAAGAAAACUCAGAGGUCCAGGCCAGAAAUGGUUGAUCAAACUGUCAAAACAUCCUCAUAUCAUCCAAUGGUUGGGCGGUCAGAUGUACUGAAGGAGACUACCCCUAGUAGGGAUGUAGCAGUACAUGGUGAUAUUUCUGAUCAGAAACAUUUGGAAGAUUCUGUGAAACAUCCAAUAAGCUUGAAAUCUGUUGGAAGUGCUGAAAAUUUUUGCAAUUCGUAUGUUGCUUCUUGCAAACUGCUUUUUGAUCAUUGCAUGGAAACCAUGUGGGAUGCCGUUUCCAAUGAUCAUGUAACUGAGUUUUCUCUGGCUUGGAGGAAAAGAAAACUCUGGUCAGAUGAAGGUUCUUCUGGGGAACAAUGUAUUCGACCCAUGCCAUGUGCUAUGAGUAUUGUUGAGUUGCCAUUGGAAGAAGAAUCUUCUGCUAGUGACCUUGACCUCCCUCCUGGUUUUGAAGAGAUGAGAAUGUCUCAAGAUAGUAAUCAGAGGUCACUAUCAGUUGUGUCACUUUCUACUGAGCUAGAAGGUAGCUCUAGAGAAAGCUUGUUGGAUCGUAACCAAAUUGACAUGGAUGGCAUCAUACAACACGUGGAGAAUGAUUUGCUUCUCUCUGUAAAAAGGUCCUUAUUUCAACAUUUUGAAACCUUAAUUGAGGAUGAAGCCGCGGAAUUAGUUGGUCUGCCAUUAGAUUGGAAGUCAAAUGAGGUUAUUUCUGCUGAUUGCAGUCCCGCAAACAUUGAACAUACAUCUGUUGAUUCAGAAAUCAUUCUUACUUGUGAAUCACUGACAACAAAUCCAUUACACGAGGGCAUGGUUUCUGAAUUCAAAAGCUUUUCCUCUAGUUUUCUGACCAAUGCAUUUUCAAAUUUACACGCCGAUCUGGAUAAUGGUGUUGAGAAUGAAGAAAAUGAUGAGCCAUACCCUCCGGGGAUUGUGGACAAUGAAAAUUCAUUGGUUGUGCAAGGUGAUAAAUUUCUGCCAACCAGGUCUAAUGUACAUAUUGCUGAGAUCAGCCAGUUUGUGACAAUGGCGAUGCUGCGUCAGAAGUUACAUAAUGAUGUCUUGAGGGAAUGGAAAGCCUCGUAUAUGAAAGAUGUUCUUCAUCAAUUGCAAGUACCAUGGUGUUUAUCAAAGAAACAAAAGAAGCAAUUUAGAUCCCUUGAUGGAGAACUAUAUCGGAACAGAAAAAAAGCAGAUGCUGUCUCUGUACAUGAUAAACUUAUGGAGGGACCAAAAACUAUUAAUGGUUCUCGCAAUUUAGAGGCCAUGGUGGAUGGAAAAUAUACAUACUAUCGCAAAAGGAAGGUGCAUAGGAUGUUUGAAUCAUUCCCCACAUGCUCGACAGGGGAUAUUGCUUUGCAUAAUCAAUCUGAUAAGAGGUCAAGAAAACACAAUGAUGCUGGUUUGUGUGGGAUUGCAGUUCAGGCUGCAGAUGGAAAUGUUGGGAAGACUAGGCAGAGUAAUCGUAGGACUGAACCAGCAAGCCAUGUAAAAGAUUGUAGGCCUGAAAAUUCAGAUAAAAAAUCUAGGAAGAUCUUUUUAUCGAAUUCCAAAAAGCAUUCUGACGUUGAGAAGGUUGCUGGAAUUGGGACAAAGAAUACUCCAAUUCAGGAGAUUCUUGUUGGUGUUAGUUCUCAGAAGUUAAUGAAAGAAAAGGCAGGGAUACUGAAAAGGAAGUCCACAGAGGAUGCUGUGCCGUCUUCGCGCUGUAAGAUGUGGAGAGGUACUGUAUCUGCCAAGAAGUGUUCGGAGAAAGCUGCUGAAAAUGAUAAAAUUGAUGAUCAGGCAAUGAAAGUGAAUGCUGUUCCCAUUUCCCAAAAGUUGACGAAAGCAAACAAGUCAGUCAAGUCCUCAAUGGACAGUGUAUCAGUAUCAGGCUCAAGUAAGACGAUAAAAGCAACAAAUGAUGCUGAAAAAUCAUCAGUUUCGAAACUUGCCCUGAAGAAGAAGAAGAAGAAGUCUAUGACCAGUAAAUCCAUAUCAGCUCAAAGUCCUAAAUCCACUGGGUGUGCCAGGACAUCCAUUAAUGGUUGGGAAUGGCAUAAAUGGUCUCGAAGUGCAAGCCCUGCUGAAAGAGCUCAGACUAGAGGUACUGACGAUUUUAGUAGACGACGUAACAGCGAUGAUAUAAAUGGAGGUUAUCCAGUGAAUGUGAAAGGGAUUUCCGCAAGGACAAACCGGGUCAAGAUGCGAAACCUUCUUGCUGCUGCAGAUGGUGCUGAUCUAUUGAAAGUUACCCAGUUAAAGGCUAGGAAAAAACGUUUGCGCUUCCAGCAAAGCAAGAUACAUGAUUGGGGUCUUGUUGCUCUGGAACCUAUUGAAGCAGAAGAUUUUGUUAUCGAAUAUGUUGGAGAGCUAAUUCGUCCUCGGAUAUCUGACAUUCGGGAGCGCUACUAUGAGAAGAUUGGUAUUGGAAGCAGUUAUCUUUUCAGAUUGGAUGAUGGGUAUGUGGUUGAUGCGACAAAGCGUGGCGGAGUUGCUAGAUUUAUAAACCACUCCUGUGAGCCUAAUUGCUACACCAAGGUCAUCAGUGUUGAAGGUCAAAAAAAAAUCUUCAUUUAUGCAAAAAGGCAAAUUAAAGCUGGUGAAGAGAUCACUUAUAAUUACAAGUUUCCGUUGGAGGAGAAGAAGAUACCUUGUAAUUGUCGUUCACGGAGGUGCCGUGGAUCGUUAAAUUGAUUUGUGUAUAUGAAGAUGAGAUAGGUUGUUCUUCUAUAUGCAAUUGUUAAUAUAAGUAGAAAGUGAGGAAGCUGAUAGUUCUGACUUUUCAACAUUUUAAAGAAGAUGAAUGGGUGAUCCCUGCACAUACCUUAUUAUAUAAAUAUUUUUUAUAGAUAGAGAUAGCUCAGAUUCUGAUGAUUUUCUUCUGUUGAAAACUAUUAAAUCAGUUUGUUUGCGACAGAUACAAUAGUUAAGAGAAAGAUAAGAAUUUUGUUUAACAUUGAUUGAUUUUUUUAGAAUUCAAAUCAGUUGUUUCUUA